AUGAGGAUCUUAAAGAUUUUUCUAGUGUUUAAUUUCGCAAAUGCGUUUACUUUGAUGGACCCAUUGGUCGACUUCGCAGUCGCAAAAAUAUGGGACACCAUGGUCAAGCGCGUCAUAGACACAGCUGGACAAUCUACUGCAUUUACGAACUACUUGUGGAUGAAUUUGACAUCGACUGAGAUUCGUGACAUUAUCCAAAAUAUUGACGUUGAUGCUGUCCGCGAUGGUGGUUUGACAGUUGAUGAUUUUGUUGCGAUUUUUGAUGUUAACCCUGAUCUUGCCGCGUUUGACCUUACGGAGGGCUUUAACCACACGGGUCGGAUUCGGGUAGAAGGCAAUGACAUCGUGACCGCCAUUGGUGCUAAUGAUGCUACUUGGAAUGCUCUCCUAGAAGCUGCAGAGCUCUUACAAGAAAUUUACUACGGCGAGAUUGAUGCAUACAAAUUCAUAGGGAUUUUCUCGGAUGGUUUCGAUGCACUUAGCUCGAUCAAAAACAGCAAUGACGCUUCACUUAAUUCUGUCACUACUGCCGAUCAGAUUCUUCACUGGACCUUCAUUUUUGCAGAAAAGGCCGCGUUUGCGUACGAAAAACAUGAAUACUAUUACGACACGAUGAUGUACUACGUGGGAAUGCUUCAAUUUCACCUCGAGAACUCGUACCAAGGAAAAAUAGAAGACUUUUGUGACGCCUAUCCGGAGGAAAUCGACAUUUUUGGAAUCGCGCGGGAUAUAGUCUUCUUCCUACAGGUGCAAAUUCUACCGACUCUCAAUUCAAUGGAUUUACUGGCAUUUGAUGCUUGGAAUCAUUUUGUUGAAAACAUCCCAGUUUUGGAGAACUACGAGGUUCCAAAAGAUUGGGCUUCGAUCGGGUACACAACUGCUAAUUACUACCUAAAUGGAAUAGAUGGUAGCCUUGAGGAGCUCGAGAUUAUAAGCAACGCUGGAUUCCUCUUUGCUGGUCGAUCAUUGGCGUCUUUUGCUACUGAAACAGUGCAGGACUUUAUCUGCUACUAA